AUGGACAACACUGCCUUAUUGUGGAGCGCAAUCCAAAAGCUAUUGGCCGCUGUGGUCCAGAUCGCCAGCUGCACUAUUGUCAACCAUGAGACUGUUAGGUACGAGGUGGAGCGAGCCACCGCGGUGGCCAGCAGGGUGUUGGCUUCGGGGGCCUCCCCGCAGGAGCAACACUUGAUCAUGGUGUUGCGAAAGUGCUCCAGCUUGCUCAAUAGAGUGGUCACUGCACGGCUCGCGGUGAUGUCAAGCAGCAAAGCCGAGUUGAGACGCAGCCGGCUUCCAAAGGAUAAGCUUGGGAUCUUGGAGAGCUGGUUCGUGGACCACAGGAAGCACCCAUACUUGAAUCCAAUAUGUACCGAGCGGUUGAUGAGGGCGACCUCGUUGACAAGGUUGCAGCUUCAGAAUUGGUAUGUAGAAACAAAGCGGGGUGUCUGGAUCUCUACUAACUAGUCUAGGGUCUCCAAUCGCAGGAGGAAGGAAAAGCAGAUGAAGGUGGCGCCGGAGAUUAUGGCGUUGUUGAACUAG